CUGCGCUAAACCUGGUCCGGCAUCCCACCGGACUUCUAGUUCUUUCUUUUGUCAACCUGGACGCCGCUUAGCCUUCCGCCCACCUCGUACCUCAGAUUUCACACAGUCCUGGUCGUCCCUCAUCCCUUUCUCUCAGAGCUUAAGUCUUAAAGGGUGAAGACAAAGGCACUGUUUGAAGAAAAUUGUUAAGUGGAGAAGUAAAAGAUUUUUUUUGAGAAGUGUGGAUGAAGACAAAACUUCUCAGUGAAAGUAAAUAAAAUUAACCAGUACUUCAAGUCUUUCUCACUGAAGUUUCAUUAACUGGAGGUGGAUACCAAUCCUGAGGUUUUCCAAAGUAGGAGCCAUCUACCUCUCAAUAUAAGCACUUAUUACUGGUUGCCCCAUGACUUUACUCCAUGAUAAGAUGAAAAUUCAUAUGCUGUCUGAAACAUUCACAGAAUCAUCAUAUUGAAUAUAGAGAGUUCUCAAACGUUAUCUUUUCAAUUUGUUCUGUUGUUUUCACAAUGUCGGAGAUCAGAUUCAGCAAUCUCACUUGGGAUCACAUCGUAACACUGGAUCGUGUGUUACAUGAAGUGAUCCCAAUUCAUGGAAGGGGCAAUUUUCCCACGCUGGAGGUAAAACCAAAAGAUAUUAUUCAUAUUGUGAAAGAUCAACUCAUAAAACAGGGCAUUGUUGUUAAAGAUACAAGAUUGAAUGGCUCAACAGCAAGUUACAUACUCGCAAGCCAUAAUGGAAUCAGCUAUAAAGAUUUGGAUAUUAUUUUUGGUGUUGAUAUACCAAGUGAUGAAGAAUUUCAUGUAGUUAAGGAUGCAGUUUUAAGCUGUCUAUUUGACUUCUUGCCAAAAGGUGUUAAAAAAGAAAAGAUUACCCUAAAAACCAUGAAAGAAGCAUAUGUGCAGAAAAUGGUAAAAAUUUGCAAUAACCAUGAUCGCUGGAGUCUCAUCUCCCUUUCAAAUAACAACGGGAAGAACGUAGAACUAAAAUUUGUGAAUUCACUCAGACGACAAUUUGAAUUUAGUGUAGAUUCUUUUCAAAUUCUUUUGGAUUCCAUGUUAGAUUUCUAUAGUGUCCCAAAUGCCAAGCUAACUAAAGAAUCCUGUCCUGUUGUGGUGGCUGAAAGUAUGUAUGGGGACUUUCAAGAAGCAAUGAUACAUUUGAAAUAUAAGCUAAUAUCUACCAGAAAACCUGAAGAGAUCAGAGGUGGUGGCCUUUUGAAGUAUAGCAAUUUGUUGGUUCGUGACUUCAAACCAGCUUGUCAAACAGAAAUUAAGACUCUGGAACGUUAUAUGUGUUCUAGAUUUUUCAUUGAUUUUCCUGAUGUAGCAGAACAGCAAAAGAAAAUUGAAUCGUACCUCCACAACCAUUUCAUUGGUGAAGCAAAGAACAAGUAUGACUACCUUAUGACCUUGCAUGGAGUUGUAAACCAAAGCACCGUCUGCCUCAUGGGAUAUGAAAGAAGGCAGACCCUUAACAUGAUCACCCUUUUGGCUUUGAAAGUACUUGGAGAACAGAAUAUUUUACCCAGUACAGACAACGUAACUUGCUUUUACCAACCUGCUCCAUACCUAGUUCUUGAGGGAGGGUACCCCAGUUAUUAUGUAGCAUCUGGGCUACCACUGGUUUAUUUCCAGCCAUGUCAUACAGUGCAGUUCCCUGUGCAAAAUGGUAUGAUGUAAGAAAUACACAUACCACAAGUUUUGCUUAAGCAACUCUGAAAAAGCAAUUUUCCAAGUUCUGUAAAAAGUUAAGAUCUAUUUUUGUGUAGUUGCCAACUAUUUUUCACUAAUUCUCCAUUUUCACCAAUACUUCAAUAACCAUAGUGGAUAAAGUAUCAUCUCUAAACUGACAUUUUAACAUGAUCAUUGAAUAUUGUAACUGUAAAAUAUUUCAAAUGUAGUAGAAACCUUUAAAUGAUUUUUCACAUCUUACUGACAAAUUUAUUGUGACCAGUCUAAGAUGCCUACAUAUUUGGCUAACGUAUGAAAGAACACUUCUCAUGUUUUAAGAUGAAGUGUAGUGAAGAUAUAUUACAACAUUUUUACUACAAUUAGUUCUUUGUUACACUGUUUUUUGUUAGCAAAUGAUAACAUGAAAUUUUUGUUCAUAAAUUGAAAGUAUUUGAUUUCAAAGAUAAUUUUAAAUGAUGUUAAAAUAAUGAAUUGUAAGCCUGUGUUCCCCAGUACAUUUCAUCAACUUGAAAACAUUGCUAAAAUUUAAAAGACCACUUGGAAAAAUAUUCUGGAAAACAGGAAUUUAUCCUUUAUAUCGAAUGAAUUUAGCUAAUAUGUGGAUCGAAAAGUACCUUUCAACUGAACAACCAAGAACGUGACUUAAGCAAGCAUCUUUGCCAUGUAAUUAUACAUCGAAACAGAAAAAAAGUCCACUUCUGAACAUGAAACUAUUCUAUCAUCAUCUUUUAAGAUAAAAAUAAAUGGAAGAGAAAAGAGAAACACCAUCAACAAUGAAAGAAAAAUAGAUUUCAGCCAUGACAUUUAAGGGAUUUUUUUCCUUUUUCACCUAUUUGAUCAAUAUCCUUAAUAUAACUGGAAAUGUUCAACAUUAGACAUUGAAACCACUUAUCACUAGAUGAAGGCUUUUUUCCAACACCAAAGAUUUGUUUCUAGUAUCUUCUUCAAUGUUAAUUUCAGUUAAUACUACUCUUUUUUUCAGUAUUGCAUAUAUUCAUCAUUAUUCUCAAUAUCUGCUCAGUAUAUAAGAUAUCCACUAGCAAAUCUAUGAGAGUGGUUUAAAAUGAAUGUUCUUUAUAUGAUGAAAAGAGCUGUUAUAUGCGAUGAUAACAGCAAGCUAGUCUGAAUGAAUAUCAAUAAGGCCAUCGGAAAACUUAUUUUUCUGUCACAACAAGAACCAGCAAUCAAAAUCUUGAAAUGUGCUAUCUACAGACUGUAUUUACAGUAUUGAAUAGAAUAGUACAAUUUUUAUGGAAUUUUUGAAGUGGUUAAUAUUUCUGGCAUUUUGUAUACAUACAUCACUGCACAUUGGUAUGUUUAAAUAAUUACAUGUGUAAUACAAAAGCACAAGGCUUUAAAAUAUUUGGAUUUACCCUUUCAGGUGGAGAUGAAAUAAAAAUUUUUAAAUACUAA